GGCUAUUCUUGGGCUGAAUCUUGAUUCUAUCUCAUCUAUUUAUAAGAGAAGAGUAUAGUCGGUUUUUUCCGUUAGUGAAAAUAUAGUUUCAAUUCUCACUCUCUGCAUUUUCUAGUUACUCUUCUCUGCAUCAGUUUGUUAUUCUGCUACUGGCUCUGGGUUAUUCUUGGCAAUCUCUUCUUGAUUCAUUGUUCCUCAUGGACGAACUCAGGGAUGAUCGUCACAAUCAUGAUUCGGCUAGUGACUAUGAUAAUGAGGAAAUUAUUUCAAUUGCAGAGGAAGAUAUCUCUGGAGGAGUUAAUAUUUGUUUUAAAAGUCUCAUUGGUAGAGUUUUUGCUGCAAGAUCCUUUUCGGUUAGCACUAUGAAGAAUGCAUUUAAAGCAAUAUGGAAUAGAUCUAAGGGGUUUCAGGUGGAGAUGAAGGGUCAUAACCAAUUUCAAUUUUUCUUUGAUAAGGAGACUGAUGUGGUGAGAAUUGAAAGAGGGUCACCAUGGCUCUUCAAGAAUUACAUUCUCCACGUUCAAAGGUGGAAGGCUGCUGAAAAUUCAGGGGAGGGAGUGAUCACAACGAUUCCUAUUUGGGUUCAAUUUUGGGGCUUGCCAGAACAGUUCAAAACCUUGGAGGUUGGAUCUAAAUUGGGAAGAAGCCUAGGUGAGAUUGAAGAUAUUGGUUUCUUCCAAGUUAGAGGGAAGGAAACCAGAAUUAUUAAGGCUAAGUGAUGAUCAAUGGCGAGAAAAGACUGAAGGAUAAUCUCAAGUUGGCAGGACCAGAUCAGAAGACUAUUGAAAUUGGCCUUAAAUAUGAGCGCAUUGGAAAGUUUUGUACUUAUUGUGCUUGUCUAGGGCAUGAUUCAAAACAAUGUCAAAAAAGACCGAAUUGGCGACUGGGUUAAAACCGAUCAGGUAGGAAGAAGAAUGAUUAAUUGAAGGCAAGGGGAAUAGCAAGCAAGACUGAUCUUGGUAAAAUUCUUCUUCUUUAGUUUAUUCGUUCACUUCUUUUUCACUUGUAUGAAGAAAUUCUUUGGGAAACCCCACUUCUUUUGCUGUAAUGUCCUGCAUU